AAAACCUUUUAUUACUAUCUGUAGAUAACAAUUCAAAUGAUUAUCUUAAGGAUAAUUUAUCAUCUAUAAGCGUAUCAGUUGAAGAAAAUAAUGGUGUAUUCAAUGAUUUAAUUAACACAACUAAAAAGGCACUUGUACUUUUAGAAGAGCAAAAAUUAACUG